GCGAUGACGUGACGGAAGCGCUGGAUUGAUUCUAUAUCCGGUCAUUUUCGCACCGCGCUGCAGUGCUGCGACGAUGCCGAAGUUUUAUUGUGAUUAUUGUGAUACAUACCUGACACACGACUCUCCGUCUGUCAGGAAGACGCACUGCAGCGGGCGUAAACAUAAAGAAAAUGUAAAGGAUUAUUAUCAGAAGUGGAUGGAAGAGCAGGCUCAGAGUCUCAUUGAUAAAACGACGGCUGCCUUCCAGCAGGGUAAAAUCCCACCCACGCCGUUCCCUGGUGCCCCACCACCUGGUGGAUCUCUGUUACCUCAUCCAAAUAUUAGUGGACCUCCAAGACCAGGUAUGUUGCCAGCCCCGCCAAUGGGUGGCCCUCCUAUGAUGCCCAUGAUGGGUCCUCCUCCCCACGGUAUGAUGCCUGGAGGACCAGGUCCAGGUAUGCGGCCGCCAAUGGGUGGACCUAUGCAGAUGAUGCCUGGGCCUCACAUGAUGCGACCACCCGCACGGCCAAUGAUGUUGUCCGUAAGACCCGGAAUGGUGCGACCAGAUCGAUAAAACGCAGUGCCACGAUUUCUUACGUUUCCCCACAGAUAUUCAUUGAUCAAGGACUCGGCCAAAUAACUGUGCACUGGUUUUACAGUAGAUUUGAGUUUUAUUCCCCAUUUGAGUUUCACGAUGACACAACGUUUGUGGCCCGGAAGAGUUGGGAACAUUCUGGUAUGUCGCACCUUGACUGUAAGGUAAACCUACGGAAGUUAUGUGAAUUUGUGUAUGAUGUGCAUUUAUUACAAGUUGUUUUAAUUUUUGUUAAGUGACUGUCAGCGUUUUUCAUUUUUAGAAAAUAAAACUGAAAAACAA